AUGACGGAACAAAAAUCUGACGUUUGUAUUGCAUGUGGUUGGACAAGUGCAGACCAAAAACGGUGUUGCUAUUCUAGCCAUGUCAAGCUCUUCUAUGGUGCUGGCAAUCGGGGUGUAUGGUCGAUCGGCUCUGAUAUGAUUUUGAAAGAACGCCCUGACGAAGGCCCAAAGGCUGAAGUGGAUACGCUCCGCAAACUUGCAGCCCACAAAGAUAUACCAGUUCCGAAGCUUGUGCGUGACUGGGUCGAUCGCGAUGGGCGAUACUUUGUCCUUAUGGAGCGUAUGGAUGGGGAAACGCUUGAGAAGGCUUGGCCUUCGUUAUCAGAAUCCCAAAAGUUGUCUAUCGCAGAUCAAGUUGUCCAUGUUCGAAACCAGCUGAAAAAGAUCACAUCAACUUCCAUUCAAGCUGUCGACCAAGGUCCAUGCUAUCUAUCGUUACUCUAUCUCGAUUUUGAACUACGCGGACCGUUUCACUCUGACGCCGAACUCUGGGACUCCCUGAUUCUUAGUCUUCGCAACAAGUCGUUUCCCGAGAAAGUCCUGGAGAACUUGAAGAAGCGCCUACCACCAUGUGGGCCGUAUGUUCUCACUCACUGUGAUUUGAACCUGGGAAACAUCAUGGUCAAAGAUGGGGAACUUGUCGGUAUUCUUGAUUGGGAAUAUGCUGCUUAUUACCCUAUCUGGUAUGAAUAUGUCGCGGCUUCUGUGGGAUUUGCCGAGAUGGACGUAGAAUGGAAGAAGCUUCUACGUCAACGAUUGGAUGUGUAUGAAGAUGCGAGAAACCUCUGGAGGGAUCUGUACCAUUUACGAGAUUACCCGAACUUGGACAAAAAGGGUCAAGAGAUUCUGGCAAACCUUUCUUCGGACUGA